CCCUUUCGUUCUCAACACGACAAGGGAUUCUGUUUUUCCAGCAUAAACAAACAACUUCAGUAUCGAUAAUCAGAAGGAAAAAAAAAACACAGAAGCCGAUCGAGUGAAAGCGAAGAAAGAAACCAUGGAAUGUGUAUUCGGAUUAGUAGGAACUGAUUUCGCCAUCGUAGUAGCUGAUACAUCAGCAGUACACAGCAUCCUCGUACACAAAUCCAAUGAAGACAAGAUCAUGUUCCUCGAUUCCCACAAACUCGUUGCUGCUAGCGGAGAACCCGGUGACAGGGUUCAGUUUACUGAAUACAUUCAAAAGAACGUUGCUUUGUAUCAAUUUCGUAAUGGGAUCCCUCUCACCACUGCUGCAGCUGCUAAUUUCACUCGUGGCGAACUCGCCACUGCUCUCCGCAAGAACCCCUACUCUGUGAACAUCCUUCUUGCUGGUUAUGACAAAGAGACAGGCCCAUCACUAUACUAUAUUGACUACAUUGCAACACUUCACAAGCUUGAAAAGGGUGCUUUUGGUUAUGGUUCCUAUUUUUCACUAUCAAUGAUGGACAGACACUACCAUAGUGGAAUGUCUGUGGAAGAAGCAAUUGAUCUUGUUGAUAAGUGCAUUGCGGAAAUCAGAUCAAGGUUGGUUGUGGCACCUCCAAACUUUGUUAUCAAAAUUGUUGACAAGGAUGGUGCAAGAGAGUAUGCAUGGCGUCAAUCAGUGAAUGACACUCCUGUUCCUUCAGCUUGAAUUAACUGUAUUCCAUAUCUUGAUUGGACUUCUUUUCUUUUGCAUGUGAUUUAAUAUUUUUAACAUUUUUUUUCCCCUCUUUCUCUUUGUGGCUUUGAGAUAUAUCUGAAAAUCUUGGUCUCUAAAUGGUAGAAAGUAAGAUACUCUGUUGUUUGAAUUAAUGUGUAUGAUGACUAGUUAUACUCAUAUUUGUGACAAUGCAUGAGAUAGCUUUAGUGUUUAAUAUACCUCAAGGCAGUGCUUAUUAGUGCUUGAGGAAAGGUCUACUGAAAAAAUGAAAAGAGCUAUUUAUGUUGUCAUUGUUACUAAUUAUGUGGUAAUCUUGUGUAUAUCAAUAAAAUGUUUUCACAAGA